AUGAAAUUGUACAAGAAAAGUGAGAUAUUUUCUGAAAAAUAUAAUAAGAAUAGUGAAUUAGAAAUAAGUCCAGAAGUUCAAAAGAAAAUCAUGGAUGGAAAUGCUGCAUUUAUAAUUGAUUUAAUAGCAAGUUUAAAAAUUCCUAGCUUCACUAUAUCAUCACUUGGAAUCCAGCUCGUUAAUUAUUUUUUUAUUGGAAAGAGCUACUUGAACUAUGAUAGAUUCAUUUACUGUGCUGCUGCUUUGAUGCUGGCAUUUAAAAUAAAGGAAUAAGAUCAUUAUAGGUUAAAGCCUAUUAUUAUGGGAUAUUACCAGUAAGCACCAAGAAGGGACUAGACAUAGAUAAUGAAUGAUACGAUAUAUUAAUAAAUUAAAAAUAAAAUUUGCAUAGCUGAAAGCAAAUUGUUAAAAGCAAUAUAAUUUGAAUUCGAUAUAUAGCUUCCCUUUGAUUUCUUGCAAACAAUUAUUGAAUUCUGUAAUGAAAAAGAUCAAGAUAAAGAACGUAUAUAUUAUGCCACUAAGGUAAUAAGUUAUGAUAGCUUUAGAAGUUAUGCUCCUCUUAUUUUUAAACCACAAAUUAUAGCUGUUUCUGCUUUUAUGAUUAGCUGCUCUUAAUUUAACAUAGAACCACACUUAAGAAUUCCUGAAAGAUUCAAAGAAAAGUAUAAUCCUGAGACUAUGAGAGAAGAAGAAGCUUAUGAAAGAUGGCUGCAAGAAAUUUCUAUAGAAUUAAAAACAUAAAUUACUGCUGAAGAUAUAAAAGAUUGCUUGUACGUACUAAAUGAACUUCUUUAUCUUCACUAUAAUCCUAAAGAAGAUGAUUUAAAAAAAUUUGAAUAGUAUGAAACCUCUCUUGAAUAAAGCAAAAUUAAAAAUGAUCAAAAUGAAAAACCAAAUUAAGAAAAAUAGACUGAAUAAAAAAUGGAUAUUGAAUAAUAGUGA